AUGGCAAACGAAGUAUCUACGAAGUCUCAGAUGCCACCCAGCAAGGUCUGGGAGUCUUUAUCACUUUUGCUUCCGUCCCGCGAUGCGGAUUGCGAUUAUUGCUGGCAGUUGACAGGACAGCAUCUUGCUCACAUGGUGCAACUUGCUGGCUAUUCCAGUGAACGGCAAUACGAGGCCCUUCUCUUCCAUUACUACUGGAUAUGGAAUACUUCAGGGAGCCAGCCUGUUAUCCGCUACACCAUCGAGGCUAUGGGCCAGUUUACUGGGCGUCUUGUCGAUCCAUUGAACCAAGACGCGUCCCGAGAGCUGCUAUACCGCCUAAAGGAGGUCAUACCAAGCCUUGAUCUUACGUGGAACAAUCAUCUACUGGCAACACUUUACGACCACGACCGGUCUAAAUAUUCCAAAGAGAUCACUGCGGGUCAACCAUUUACUACUACCAUUCUGAUUGCAGUUGAGCUGAACCCCACGGGCCUAGGCGUCAAAACAUAUUAUAUUCCGCGCCGUCUUGGUCUGGGAUUAGAUCAGAUCCCUCUUGACGUAUGGAAGAAUGCUAUUGCUGGCAUAUGCGCAGAUGGUGGCGCCAGCACAAAGCUUUACGAUUUUUUGGACAAUCCUCAAAGCCAAACUCUCAGCCCCGCAAUGAUAGCCGUUGACAACAUCAAACCGGAACAUUCACGGCUCAAGUUCUACUUUCGGUCGCCACACUCAACAUUUGAUGCAAUCCAAGAGGUCAUGACACUCGGUGGACGGGUUCCAGCCCUCCCAGAACACUUGAAAAGCCUGCAGAGUCUACUAGCAUCCCUGGCCGGGACGACGGAUGCCCUUGCCCCGGAUGCCGAGCUUGACAUGAUGCCUCAACAGGCCACUCUGUCUCAAAAUAGCUCCGCCUAUGCGCCACUGGUUCUCCCAGGAUGCGGAUACUACUUUAAUAUCGCGUCUGAUCUGGAAUACCCCGAGAUUAAGGUCUUCAUCAACUUGUACGUUUACGGGUCAGACGAUCUCGUCUUAACGGAGCGCAUUUCGAAAUGGAUGAUUGAACAUGUAUGCAUCUAUGUUGGAAUGCCUUCUCCCGCACCGCAGCUUGGCUGA